AUGGUUCUGAACCGCACAGAAACACUGACUAAUGCCUCUUGGACUAAACUCAGGUCUCAGGCUUCUUGCGCUCACUCGCCAGAAUUGAAAUGGGAUCUUAAUGACUCCACAACUCGCUGGGCUUUAGCCACAGUUAUAUCCAUUGCUUGUCCCUCGACAGUUGUUUUGAACACUUUAGUCAUGGUUAUUUUAAAGAAAGAAAAAGAAUUGCAGAAAAGUUCCAACAUUUUGUUAUUUAGCCUGGCCAUUACAGAUCUUCUAGUUGGUGCGAUAUGCAUGCCGUUGGACGCAAUUAGUGAUUUGCUAAUUUUCGGUCAAGUUUCUAUUGAGAAAGGUUGUACAACAAACCUAGUCAACUUUUGGAUUUUGAAUAUUCUAGCCACGGCUUCCCUGAUCCAUUUAGCAGUGAUCGCUUGGGAGAGAUACGUGGCGAUAAGAAAGUGGAUUAACUACAAGACCAUCUUAACUGAAGGCCGCGUGAAAAAGCUGGUGGCAAUAUCUUGGUUGUCAGCGAUAGUUUUAGGCUUUUCAGCUUCUCCUCCAAAGCCAGGCUGGACCCUUCUGUACUUUCUUUACUCUAUUAAAAGCCUUUUGAAUUUGGUGACAGCAUUUGGCCUUCCUAUUGCAAUCCUUUACUUCUAUUUGAUGGUGUACUUUGGGAUACUCCAACGCAAGAAAAGUAUGAUCAACCAAACUGCCGCAGCUAGAGCUGAACUGAAACUCCAGUCCAAAGUUGCAAAGACUUGCGCCAUGAUAACUUUUACCCUGUUCAUCACUUAUGUUCAACAAAUUGUCAUUACCAUGUUGGCAUUUUUUAAAAGUCCACCGUUCUAUAUUGUGAGUUCAGUUUUCCGUUGGUCUGACUUGAUAUUACAGCUUAACUCUCUACUGAAUCCCCUAAUAUAUUGUUUUACACGUCAACGAUUUAGAAGUGCUGUGCUAGAAUUGCUGAUAAUUAAGAAGCCUCGGGCAAUCCAGCCCACCACUGACGCUAAUCUAUUUGAGAAAAAAACAAACAGAUUCGAACCGGUUGUGAAGAAGGUUGUUCAACAACAACAACUUCGCCCAAUAAGAUCAGCUUCCUGCGGGGGGCAUCCAACGACAAUUUUCGGAAAAUAUCUGUUCGGAAGACGAUUUACGAUCUAGAAUUUUCGGAACAUUAGUUGUAAAAUUUCUUGCUUGCCUGCCUCUCCUAGGAUUUUCGAACAUCUAAAAAAUGGUAUAAUUGCCCAUUUUUAACGGAUUUUUACCCUUAAAAGGUCACCUAGAAUUUUCGGUAGCCUUUUUUCUGGCUGAAAUUUUCGAAAAGGUAAGUUUUGAUCCCUAUAAUUUUUGGAUCACUAGACUUUCAGCUAGGUAAUCCGAACAGAUGAAAAAUUUCUAGGGGAUAAAAAUAUGCCUAUAUCUACCGUUUAAAUACGAAAAUACGUUUAACAAUGCUAUGUUUAAGUGGUUUUGAACUAUAUUCUCGUUGGGUGCCCCUGUUCCUGACAUACAUGCACUUUCUACUUCAAAAACGCUUAUUCAACAACAUAUCUCGACAAACCAGUUUUGAAAAGAUCUGUGUUAGCUCCAUCGUUUGA